AAAAACUCCCUAUCCCUCCCUCUUCUAUCUCUGUCACCUGCCGGAAUCACUCACACACAACAUCAUACAAAAAUCUAGGGGUGCUAAAAAAUCAUUCACACACAAAAAACUCUUUAGUUGCCCUUGGCCUUGCCCCUUUGUUCAUUCAUAAUCCACCCUCCAGACGUAGAAGAUGCAGAUGCAAAUGCCAAACAGAAAACACGCAUCUGGGCGCACCAUUCUUCAGCCUUGGCCCACAAUUCUCUGCCUCCUCUUUCUUUAUCGCUCAUAUCGAUUGAUUUCAUACAGAACCAGAAUAUAGGUAUAUAAAAAAAUGGAAGAGGGGAAGGGGAAGCACGCCUCAUGUUUGGGGAGGAUGAUGAGAUGGCAGGAACGAUGAUGUGGCGUUGAGGUUGAAUGAAUUUCCAAGAAACCUGUACAAAAAUUAUUUCCUUUAAAUACACUAUUAUUGGAAUUAAUUAGCAUGUACAAAAUUGAAACUCGUACAACGGAAUUAAUUAGGAUGUACAAAAUAGAAAUUUGUGUAUCAUAAUUAAUGUUGCUUAUUGUUGACAAUAUAGACAAUGGAUAUAUAAAUGCAUGUGUAUAGAAACCAUCAAAACACAAGACAUGGAUUUCUUGACAUACUUGCCAUCAUGGCUUCUUCCAGCCGUUGUAAUCCUCACCAUUUCAUGCAUCCUCAUGUUAUGGACGAAGCCAUCCAAGGGUGCCUCUGGCCUUAACCUUCCUCCGGGCCCUCCGAGCCUUCCUCUAAUCGGGAACUUGCAUCAACUUAUCGGAAAAAGCUUCCACGAAACGGUAUACAAAUUAGCCGAAAAAUACGGACCCAUUAUGCAUAUCCAUAUGGGUUCCCAACCAGUCGUUGUGAUCUCCUCUUCUGCAUUGGCGACCGAAGCCUUUAAAACGCAUGAUCACAUACUCGCUAACAGACAGUACUCCAACAAUUUGAGACGACUAACGUUCGACUACAAUGAUAUUGCUUGGGCGCCAUAUGGUGAUCAUUCAAAGCAUAUGCGCAGGGUUUUAGUAACCGAGUUUCUAAAUUCAAGGAUGAGUAAAUCGUUUAAAAAGGUGCUCGAUAUGGAGGUGAAGAGCAUGCUUGAUAAUCUACCGUAUGGUACCGAGACAAACCUAAACAAGGUUUUUGGAAACUUUGUUUGUGACUUUACAUCCAAGGUUGUUACGGGUAAGAGCUAUAGAGAUGUAAAGAUUAGGGGUAAAACAAUGAAAGAGAUGCUUGAUGAAAUGAUAAUCUUGUUUAGUGGUUCCUUUUCGGAAAUAUUUCCAAAAUACGGUUGGAUUUUGGAAGAUUUAAGCGGAUGGACUCGUAGGGUGGACAAACAUAUGGCUAACUACAAUGACUUGCUUGAGUUGAUGAUAGAUGAGCAUUUAGAUCAUACAAGUGAGGAUGAAAAAGAUAUGAUCGAUGCAUGUAGACCCUUGUUGAACAGGGAAGAAAUGAAAGCCAUUAUGUCGAAUGUGUACAAUGGAGCGAUUGAUACAAGUUAUCUGACAUUGGUGUGGGCAAUGUCUGAGAUUGUUAAAAAUCCUAGAGUCAUGCACAAGUUGCAAGACGAAAUUCGAAGCAACGCAGGAAACAAAGCUCGACUAGAUGAAACAGAUACAUCAAAGAUGACAUAUCUGAAAUAUGUGGUAAAGGAGACACUAAGACGGCAUGGGCCUUCACCAUUUUUGAUUCCACGCGAUUGCGUAAGCCAUAUUCAAAUCGGUGGGUACGACAUCCUCCCUGGGACAAAAGUGUUGAUCAAUGCAUGGGGGAUUGCAAAAGAUCCGAAAGUCUGGACAGAAAACGCAAACGAGUUCCAUCCUGAUCGGUUUGAAAAUCAUGUGUUGGAGCAGUUUCACAUGGUACCAUUUGGAGGGGGAAGAAGGGCCUGCCCAGGGUAUAACUUUGCCACUUUAAACAUUGAGGUGGUGCUAGCAAACCUUCUUUACAGCAUAGACUGGAAACUUCCACCAGGACUUACACUUGAAGAUUUCAACAUGGAAGAAGAAGGUUCCUUACUUGUUACUAAGAAAACACCUCUUUACCUUGUGCCCAUCAAGCACAAUACACAAGCUUAGUAAUUUCAUUUCAUGUUUUUCCGUGUAUUUGAUGAUGUAUUUUUACUUUACCUUUAUGUUUUAUAGUUAUAUAUCCUUUAUGUAAAUGUGUUUGUACGUACAUUUACAAGUAUAAGUUAAAUAACAUGAAAAUGUUGUUGGAAAAAAUAAAGAAC